UUUAGUGCGACGGAAGGAAAACAACACGGAGAGAAGAAGAAAAAAGAAGAGGAAGAGGAAAAAUAGACUUAAAGUUCUUAUAAAACGUCUGGCAUUAUAGAUAAUUAUAGUUCUCAGGUGCUGCUGAUAGUUCCACAAAGCCAUGGCCCACAGUGGAGUCAGUCCGGGUCCGGGUCCAGGUCCAGGUCCAGAAAGAAGGUCUUCCAGUCCCUUCUCAGCAUCAGCCAGCUGUGCCAAGAGCCGGGAAGCAAAGAGAAGUACAAAGUCUAAAGAAAAGAUCAUUCCUUUUCACAUUACAGCUGUUGCCAGCAGUGACGGAGGUCUUCACGGCAAACCAGAAAGUGUAACAUCGGUAAAAUUCCAAGGAUCUGCUCGGAAUCCCCUUGUGGACACAUCUGGAAGCCUGACGGCUAACUCAUUUAGGAACAGAAUGUCUGCUGGGAGCACCAAGGAACGUGUUUCUAAUUCAGGUUCUGUACAAGCUGCAGAGGAGCAGACAAGUCCUCUGUCUCAGCCUGCUGGUAGGAAAGUAGAAAACCUCAUGGAUACCUCAAAGACUAAAUCACCUUCCCGCAUAAGAGUUCCUCAGAGGCAGAAAUGCAAACUCAAACAAGCAAGUUCCGUUUGCAGCUACACCAAGCCUCAGACAGCCAUGAAGAAGAAGAAGAGGAAAAUGGGAAUGUACAGUCUUGUCCCAAAAAAGAAGACCAAAGUCCUUAAGCAGCAAGAGAAGAAUGUGGAGCCCCUUGACAUUAUGAAGCAGAGCAGACUUGCAGCAGAUGCAGUCAUACCAGAGAGUCUACAUGAAAUGAAGAGCGGAGACGGGAUGGUUGAGAAAAAUGACUUACUGAUGGAGGUGAAGCUGGGUGAAGGAUGCUGCAUUGAAUACACAGAACUGGCUUUGGACUGUCUCGAUCUUAAGGCUCAGGAAGAGCUGCUCUUGCCUCGUCUUUCAGAUGCUGAUGCAACAGAAAAGGACCUGGCUGAAGAGUUACCACUGUGUUGCUGCCGAAUGGAGACUCCUCACAGUGGAAGCAGCCUCUCCACACUGGAUCAGACCUGCAUGGCCAUGGAAAGAGUAGAUGGAAUGCUGAGUCGUUGUCAUCGGCGAGUGAUAAAACAGGAAAUGAUGAGACCCUCCAACGCUGUCCAUCUGCUGGUUUUGUGUGAGGAUCACCGAGCUGGCAUGGUCAAACAUCAGUGCUGCCCAGGCUGUGGACUCUUCUGCAGAGUGGUGAGUGGCAGUUGAUUAUGCUAAUGUCAAGAUGACUCAUGCCAAAUGUUUGCAUCUACUUGCUGUAGCAUCGUUGCAAAUUUUCAAGUUCAACAAAAGCUAUCAAUU